CCGACCUCCACCUCCACCUGAAGACGAAAAGAAAAGCCAAGAGCCCCACUCGUCCUACUCUUGACAUUGACCAUCCAACAUGGUGCGAACUAUCAAGCUCAACGAUGGGACUUCGAUCCCUGCCCUGGGCUGGGGCAACAUGGGAGGCUCUGCGAAAGCCAUAAACGCCGGCGCGGCUGCCGUGAAGGCUGGGAUAGUCCACAUUGACAGUGCACAGAUCUAUGGCACUGAGCGAGAGGUCAUUCAGGCAAUUGAAAAGGCUGGACACAAGCGUGAUGAUAUCUAUGUCACCACGAAGAUUUUCAGUUUCAACAAAAACCCCAUUUCUGCCGAUGACAUUCGGGCCUCUGUCCAAGGUUCUCUGGACCGCCUCGGCUUCGUCCCAAACUUGGUGCUUAUUCACAACCCAUUCAUUCCGACCAAAGCCGGCAUGUCGUUAGGCGAGUUCUGGGGCCAUCUUGAAGCUCUGGUCGAGGACGGUACCCUCAAGGGGUGCUCCAUCGGUCUUUCCAACUUCAGACCCGUAGACAUUGAGGAGAUUGUCAAGGUGGCCAAGAUCAAGCCAGUGGUCAAUCAAAUCGAGUGCCAUCCAUAUGUCUUGGCCCAUAUUCAACCCGUCUUGGACAUCCAGACCAAACACGGAAUUGUGACCCAGUCCUACGCCGCGUUGACACCUGUCCACUCGCAUCCUACAGGAGGGCCUCUGAAGCCAAUCCUCACCAAGCUUGCCGAAAAGCUCAGCAAGGAGAGCGGCGUGGAGAUUGACGCUGCUGGUGUUCUCAUUCUCUGGACGGUCUGCAAAGGGUUCGUGUGUGUCACGAGCUCGGGCAACGAGGAGAGGAUUCGCAACAUGGCCGCGACGGAAAAAGUCAGGGAUCUAACCAAGGAAGAGAUUGAGGAGAUUGAUCGGGUCGGCCAGAAGGUUCACUUCAGGCAAUGGGAUGAGCACAUGACGACAGACUUUCCCGACCCCAAGCUGCCAUCAGACGCGUAGCCAUGCAUCAUCAUAAGGCAAUUACAUACACAAUGCAAGCACUCAUACCGAUCCCUCACUUCCC